CGGCCAGUGGGCGGGCGGGGCGGUGGCGGCUGCGGGAGCUCCGCGCGCGGCGGCGGCGGCAGCAGGAGGAGGAAGAGGAGGAAGAGGAGCAGCAGCAGGCGGCAUGGAGCGGCCCGGGCGGGCGGCGCUGGGCGCUCAGCCCCGCGCUAACGGCUGCGGCGCGGCUCACGGGGCGCUCCGCAACGGCUUCGUGCGGGGCCUGCCCGGCACGCAGAUAAAUCAUGUUGUGCACAAUGGAGGAUUAUACAAACGGCCUUUCAAUGAAGCUUUUGAAGAAACACCGAUGUUGGUUGCUGUGCUGACCUACGUAGGCUAUGGUGUUCUCACUCUCUUUGGAUAUCUGCGAGACUUCAUGCGGCAAUGGAAGAUCGAGAAGUGUCAGAACGCGAUAGAAAGAGAAGAACAAAAGGACUUUGUCCCGUUGUACCAAGACUUUGAAAAUUUCUACACCAGAAACCUCUACAUGCGCAUUCGAGACAGCUGGAACCGUCCAAUCUGCAGUGUGCCAGGGGCCAAAGUGGACAUGAUGGAAAGAGUUUCUCAUGACUAUAACUGGACAUUCACGUAUACAGGGAAAGUGAUAAAGGGCAUUAUUAAUAUGGGUUCCUACAACUACCUUGGAUUUGCACAGAACAAUGGGACCUGCCAACAAGCAGCAGCUAAAGUUCUGUCCCAGUAUGGAGCUGGGGUGUGCAGCAGUAGGCAGGAGAUGGGAAACUUGGACAAACAUGAGGAGCUGGAAAAGCUAGUUGCCAGAUUUCUAGGUGUGGAAUCUGCAAUGGCAUACGGAAUGGGGUUUGCAACCAACUCUAUGAACAUUCCUGCUUUAGUUGGCAAGGGCUGUCUAAUUUUGAGUGAUGAACUGAAUCAUGCAUCACUAGUGCUUGGAGCAAGACUGUCAGGAGCAACUAUUCGAAUCUUUAAGCACAACAAUAUGCAAAGCCUGGAGAAGCUGCUCAAAGAUGCUAUUGUGCAUGGGCAACCUCGUACACGGAGGCCCUGGAAAAAAAUCCUUAUCUUGGUGGAAGGAAUAUACAGUAUGGAGGGUUCCAUAGUCCGUUUACCUGAAGUGAUUGCCCUUAAGAAGAAGUACAAAUCCUAUCUGUACCUUGAUGAGGCUCACAGUAUAGGUGCCCUGGGUCCCAAUGGCCGGGGUGUAGUGGAUUAUUUUGGACUCAAUCCUGAAGAUGUGGAUGUUAUGAUGGGGACAUUCACCAAAAGCUUUGGAGCUGCUGGAGGAUACAUUGGGGGCAAGAAGGAGCUGAUUGAUUACCUCAGGACGUACUCUCACAGUGCUGUGUAUGCAACAUCAUUGUCACCUCCUGUUGUGGAGCAAAUCAUCACCUCCAUGAAGUGCAUUAUGGGUGAAGAUGGUACAACUUUUGGGAAAGAGUGUGUGCAGCAGCUAGCAGAGAACACAAGGUAUUUCAGGAGACGACUGAAAGAGAUGGGCUUUAUCAUCUAUGGAAAUGAAGACUCCCCUGUUGUGCCUCUGAUGCUGUACAUGCCAGCAAAAAUUGGUGCAUUUGGGCGUGAGAUGCUAAAGAGGAACAUUGGUGUUGUGGUUGUGGGCUUCCCUGCAACACCAAUCAUCGAGUCCAGAGCCAGAUUCUGUUUGUCUGCAGCUCAUACCAAAGAGAUGCUUGAUACGGCUUUAAAAGAAAUCAAUGAAGUUGGGGACCUUUUGCAACUGAAAUAUUCCCGUCACCGUUUGGUACCUCUCUUGGACCGGCCAUUUGAUGAGACUACAUAUGAAGAAACAGAAGACUGAACUCCCUCCAUGUGCCUUGGUGGGAGGGACACACCCUGUGGGACACGGUGGCACGCAGCCCGCAGAGUCUGUGAACAACACACUUAAGACUGCUUAGCAUAAAAGACAUUUCCUCACAAUACUGAAGUGGCCACAUCAGCUCUAAAUGGCAUUUUGUAAAUAGGGAGAGGAGAAAAAAAAAAAAGCUUUGAUUCCUGUGUCUUCAGGGUCUGGCCCUAGAGGUGCUUGGCUUUAUUUUUUCAUGUUGCUUUUUUUUAUUUAUUUGUCUCAAUAAGUUCACAGCAACCCGAGUUGGCUGUGGCUGAUCAGCUCAGACUUUGUAUGCACCAUUAGCCUCCCGAAUGCUGGCUGAGAUGUUGUGAGCAUGUGUGAUGCUGGCAUGGCAGCAUUUCCAGUGUCACUGCUAGAUGUCUGACCUUCCCAGUAAGGAGUGAGCCAACCUGUCCGUUCAUUGGAAACUGCCUAGAGAAACUGUUGAUUGCUAACUUUGGCGUAUUUGACAAGACGGAUAAUCAACCAAAGCUUCUUCCUUUUGCAGUUACUUGUGUUUAAAACUUGAAUUUAGCUUUUUUAAAAUAAAUGUGUUGCUGACAUGUCACUGACAGGACCAUUGUUCCAAACAUUAUUUAGUUCUGUAAGCCACAGGCAGAGAGACUUCGGGGACUCUAGCCUCUUUUCCUUCCCAGUAUGGAUAUCAGAUUUUGACAGUAAUUGUCCUCUUGAUAUAGGGUAAGUGAUGAAGAGAUUUUUGUGUUAGUUAUUUUUAAAUUGGGAUGAUCUGUCUUCCUUCUGACAUACUACUUUUUUUAAAAAAAUGUUUUUUUGUGUGUGUGUGUGUAUUGCUUUCUCAUCUUCAGAUUAUUUUUGCUUUUGCUUUAGAACUAUUAUAAAACCACGAACAAGUAUAUCUGGUAGCUGAUAGGUUCUAGAAGGGUGCUUUUGGACUUCAGCAAACCAUAGCAAGCCUCGUGCUUCCUUUUAAGACCAGAACCUCUGAAUAAGCAGGCCUGUACAAUGGAUGGCUAUUAGGGAACCACUUAUUUCACGCAGAUCUGUGAAAGAAUGAUCACUGCCCUUUGCCACACUGAUCUUUUCUUGUCACGUAUGAGAUGUUCUUCUUUGGCCUUGUUGUCCAAGGCUCUUAUGCAAAGAGUAUAGACAGAUUGUGUCUUGUAUCAUAUGUUAUGUUUCAAUUAGCCAACAAAGUCUCAUAACUGGCAGCUGUGAAGUCUAUAUAGGCUUCCCCAAAGAGAAACUGUCCUCACAACUGCAGUUGGGUUGAGGUCUUCAUGUUUUUCCAUUUCUAUUACUGUGAGAUCAAAUUAAUGUUCACUGAGCCAGUUACUGUUUGGUAUCUUUAUUUUUCAAGUUCCACGCUGUCUUACUCCCAUCAAAGUUUAAAAUAGACACCUUUCCUUUAGUGCACCUUAGAGGUGGUCUGCUUCACAGUCAUAGCAUCUUGAAUUCUCUCAGUGAACAGAACACAUCAUUGAAGAGAUACCAAAAAUAUUACAACAGGAGUCAGUUGCAGUAUAGUUCUUGGUGUGUUUUUGUUUCCCUGGACUUGUAGGUUAUUUGCAAAACUAGUAAUGCUUUAAUGUUGUGUCAGUUAGGUGUGGGCCAGCUCUUGAGUUGGGGUUAGCAUGAUGCCCUUUGCAGGUGGCAGUGGAGUUUCUCAAACAGAUUCUUCAUCUUAAAGCUAAAGCAGAAUGCAGCUUAAAGCAAUUUGGUGCUGCUAUAUAUAUAUACAUACAUAUAUAUUUACUUAUAAUAUAUGUUUAUAAAUUAUAAAUAAAUAUAUAAGUUUUUUUAUGUUCACUCUUUGGCUAAUGGGGAAGGAGCUGUUCGGUCACUGCCACCAAGCAGUUCUGAGAAUACAUCUAGUGAGUUAAAGCAGCAUUGGUUUCUAUUUUAUAUAAUAUCUAUCUUCACAUCUUUAUAGAUCUUACUACGUUUUAAUGUAACGGCACUACAAAACACUGCUUCAGUUUUUUACCAUUGCAUUUCAGAAGUUUAAUUACUUAAGAAGAACUAAAACUGACUGUUUUCAAACUAGGUCUGGGUAAGUGUUUGUCUUAGUCCCCGAACGUUGAUUUGCUCGCCUUCUGGAGCACAGUGUGCACACAGUCCAAGAAGUUUGUAACCUGCAUGUGCAGCCUUGAUGGCUAUGGAGUAAUCUCAUUUGUUCAGCCACAGAGUGAGUAAACUGCACUUACAUAAGCUCGCUUUAUCAGUUCGACCUUUCUCACCUACAUUCUGCCCAGGACCAGCUCUAACAUUCCAGCAGGUGACCUGCUUUCUGAUUUCAAGAAGUUUUACCUCAAAGAACUAUUCUUUUUUUCUUUCUUGAUUGUAGCAGGGAACAAGAGGAAGUUGGUUGACUCGAUCAUGAAACAGUUUAAGAGCUGAUAAAACCAACCAACUCAUAGGCAUGGGUCAGCGGAGAGCUAUUUUGAGCCUUCCCAGGUGUACAGCGUGCUGGUACCACUGCAUAGUCAGUCAGUUUGAAACUUGUAAUAUAUUAAGUCAGAGAUGGGUUAUCACAGAUUCUACAAGUCUCUAGUCUUAGUCUUGUCUCUGGGAUUCAGUUUUAGGGCAGCUUAUUUUUAGAAGGGAGGAAAAAAGGCUGGAUAAAUAUCGAUAACUCAGAUAACUCCUGUAUAACGCUUCUGGAACUGUGUUCUAAAAUUAUCCAUCUCCGUACUGGGAUUCCAUUUGUAUUUGUUUAAAGGAGAUUGUGCUCAUGCUAAACUUCGGCCCUUCAGUAUCUUAUUGCUGUGUUAUGCUGUCUGCGUGACUUUGAAUUCUGGGUUGCAAAGACAUUUCAGAAAUCGUUCAGGCAGUUAGUAGCAUUUGCAAACUGCUUGGUUACAUUUCAGCACUCCUGUAUCCUUUCUGAUAAGCAACAUUUCCCCACACACACCCAAGGAGGUCUCUUAUUUGGGGGAACCUGUUCUGCCAUAGUCUGGUACCUGUUGAAACUACUUCUGAAAAUUAAGCAGUCUAACAUUUAGCACUUUCAUGUUCAGUGAAUUGUUAACUUAAAAGCCAGGAAAAUCUUUUCACACCUACUGAAAAACUCCGCUCCCACAACCUAAGAAGCAAACCACUACUGGUUUGGUGCUAGGCGAGCCUACAGCACAUAUGCUGUCACGGUUAGUUAUGUGUAGGGUGGAUUGCUGAUUUGAUAUUAUGUACCGACCCGAAAUCUGUCUCCCUUUUGUCCUGGCAGUAGAAGUGAAUGAAAGAAUCAAUCUUGAGACAUCACAAAGGAAGAAAAGCUGCUUAAGAAAUAGACUUCAGUCCCUGCCAACUUCUCUGAGACAUUGUAAUUGAAAAUGACUCCUGGUAUUUCUUAAGAGAUGCAAAAUUCAAAAGAAAAUGAAGGCUGCUUUUGAACAAAGGAUUUUGCUCUGUACUGUACAUUGGCUAAACUUGCCUGUAAAUAUACAAUAGUUAUCUUCCCAGUACCGCUCUGAAGACCUUAGCAAGCAAGAUUUUGCCUCUGCUGAGCUGAGUGAAGAGUUCAGAACCAUUAUAGUUUUCAAGGCUGAUGGCCAUAUUCUUUUAAGAAAGUAGAGAAUCUCCUAUUACCCAGCGAAUGGUAAGGGAUCUGCUUCUUGUUAGAAUCUGGCCUUCCCAAGUAGGAGACCUUUGUCUUAAGGAGCCUGAUUCAUAAUUUCUCUUUAGUUCUUUGGAAGAGAGGAAAACCAUUUUUUUUUAUUGUUUGUUGUUUGUUUGUUUCAUUUGUUUGUUUGUUUUGUAAUGAAGUGUUUGGUUUUGUUUCUACAGAAAACACAAACUCUUGUAUAGUAUCUGUGUAUAUGGUGUAUUUAAUUCUGUUCAGUUUCUAUUUUUUUUUCCUUCUAAGUAGCGUCCUUAGAGAGCUGUUCUGGUUCUUGGAUUAUUGGUGUAGCAUGCUUCUGCUUUAGGCUCAGGAGUGAACCAACCAAACAUCUUACCGUGGUGAAGUCAUUCAGGGAAGGAAUCGCGUCAUCCAUCCUCUCUUGAUGUUUCCUCUGAGAGUGCAGAAGUGGUGCCCAGCAUCAGAGCUGCACCUUUGCACAGAGCAGGAAAGGGGAGUGUUCCAGCGAAAUCAGUGAUCCGGCCCUGUGCUGUGUGGAUGAAGGAAAUCUGACUUCCUGAUACAGCAGAGAUGGAGGAAUGGGGCAGUCAGUCACCAGUUACUCUCAGCUGUACAGGGAUCUUCCAUGUGUACUGGAACAAGGAUCCUUAAGAUAGGAAUGCAACUUUCAGUGGCCAAAGGGACACUUCUCUAAAACUUCAUCACUCCAAGUAAACAAGUGUUUCCUUUCCUUCUGUGCAAAUCUCCAUUUCUGUACCUCUGAAAAAUAUUCAGCUUAUGGCAGUUCUAUCUAUUAUCUAUUCAGACAGACGAUAGGAAAGGUUGGAGGAGAGCCGUGAGCAUGAGAUGUCCAUUUCAUCUGAGAGAUUUCAUCUAAGAGUCAUCUAAGAGAAAUCUAGCACCACUGUAGCUGGAGUGCUAUGCAUAAGCUCCCUCAGCUCAUCACGGAAUGAAACUUGUGGAGAUUUACCCCAGUGUAAAAUGCUCAGUCUGAAACCCCGCACGUUGUGCUCGCUCUGUGAAAGAGCCAAGCGUGCUGGGAUCUGUGUGGGUUGCACCUUCUGUACGGAGAGCCGAGGUGCCUGCGGUCUGUUCUAACACUAGUGAAGCACAGAACCAUCUGUGAAUGCCUGGUAUUGACCCCUCACCAGGGGAAUUGUUGGCUUCAGCUCUGGAGCUGGCACCCAAGUGGUAUCAGACCAUUUGGGAAAAACACCGGUCGUGUGACCUGUGUAACUUGAACGUGGUUUCAAAAAGAAAACAAAAAACAACUCGGAUGUCAUUGUGAUGGCUUGUAUUCCUGUAAACAUUCCCAGUCUUGCAAGUUGUUUACCUGUGAAAGAUUUGGAUGUGAAUUGAAAGCACAGACACGGUGUUUGUGUGACGAGGUACUGUGCAUUAGCUUUGAAGAGAAGUGUUUAGUGCAGGCAUUGGAGCUGUUGUGUUUACGUCCCCGCAAGGGGCUGGGUGAAGGAGAUGAGUGUGGUGUGUGUCGAAGGCCUUAAACUGUGACUCUUGGUAUGAAGAAUUGAAAUUAAAACUGACCUUGAAGCAUGCAGUGGAUUUUAGCCCACGGAAGAAUACCCUGUGCUGGCAGUUAAGCAAUACGUACUGCUGCUCGGCUCUGUUUGCGUUUGAGCCUGGCGAGCAGCUGUUUGAGGAGCAGGAGAGGUGCCUGUAUGUGAAGGCCAGAAAUAGUGCAGCUCUGCACUGAUGUUCCUAUGUAGCAAACGUUGGUAACUGGUCCCUGGGCUGCUGAAAGCAGAAUUACUGAGAGGGUCAGGGACUUCAAAAGCAGUGGCAGCUAGCAAGUUAAUUUUCUCAACAUUAGGUGAACAGGUCUCACUUGAAUACGCCAGGGGUUGGUGCAGUUCCAAAAAUACCCUUGGCUAAGUGAAACGUGCACCAAAGCAUCUGGACAUUGUAAAGCAUUAACUUUUUUUUGCCAAAUCUCAUGCUGUCCAGACAGUAUUUCUGCUACCCCCUAACGGUAUAUUAAGCUAAAUGCAUCUCCAGCCUUCCGAUAGUGACUUCAGGACAGUUUGAGAGAGAUGAGAGUAACGUUGGAGCCUGAGGCUUUAGGUUAGCAGUCCCAAAGCCAAUGGUGGCCCACAUUUCCACAAGCCCUGGGCAGAAUUACCAAGUCACAGCACUUAGUCUUGAAUUGCACUGUAUUCCUAUGCCUCUGUGUUGCUAUAAUGUACAUAAUAUAUUGGAUUUUUUUGUAGAUAAGACAUUUUAGAUAAAAUUUUUAAAUGGGCUCCCCCCAAAAUAUUUUAUGCCAGAUGUCUAAUUUUUUUUACACUGGGGAUUAACAUGAAGUCGGAUGCUCUAUGGGCAGGGAAAAGAUAAACAGAUGGUACAUUGGCUUUAAAAAGGUAACAAUGCAUGUAAAGAAAAAAACACUGGAGAAAAAAAAAACUGCUUGGGAAAAAAAAUCCAUUCAAAUAUAUUCUAUGUUCUGCAUAAUAAAGAAUUUAAAAAUAAAA